AUGUAUGGAUUUCGAGUUCCACAUAAUACGAUUUCCUUGCUGGUUCGUAAAGUUUGUGAAAGUAUAAUAGUGGAAUAUGCUGAUGAAGUAAUUGCAUGUUCAACAACUACAGAUGAGCGGCAACAGAUUGCUGAGCAGUUCAGAGUUAGAUGGAACCUGGACCACGUUCUUGGUGCUUUGGAUGGGAAGCAUAUUGCUAUAAAAUGCCCCAGAAACGGAGGUUCACUUUAUUACAACUACAAAGGGUUCCACUCCCUCAUUCUUAUGGGGCUUGUUGAUGCUGAUUAUAAAUUUAUUUGGGUUGACGUUGGUGCAAACGGUUCUGCUUCGGAUGCUACUGUAUUUAACAACUCGGAAUUAAAAGAUGUCAGCGAAAAUCAAAAUAUUGGAUUUCCAGAAGCUUCCCCUCUACCGUAUGAUAACAGAAACAUCCCCUUUUUCUUUGUUGGUGAUGACACCUUCCCCCUCAGGACAUGGCUUAUGAAACCUUUCUCAAGAAGGAAUUUCACCAAUGAAGAGCGUAUAUUUAACUAUAGACUCUGCAGAGCAAGGCGCGUUGUGGAAAAUGCAUUUGGAAUACUCCCCUACAGAUGGCAGUGCCUUUUAGCUCCUAUGCGCCAAGAACCAGAGGCUAUUUCAUCUAUUGUAUUAGCAUGUUGCUGUCUUCAUAAUUUGAUGAGACUGAGAUUUCAAAAUCUCCAAAACGAAAAUCUUGAUCAGGAGGACCUGAAUCAUCGCGUGGUUCCAGAAGCUUGGAUAGAAUGUGCAAACCUUACAGAAUUGAACAACGUUGUUGGAUGCAAUCGAGCAACUUCAGCAGCAAAGAUCUAG